GUUCCAAAAUGCACAGGGAAAAAAAUUUCAACAGCAAAUUCUGUCUCAACUAAAUAAUUUGGGCUAACACUGCGCCUAUCGUGUAACAAACACGCUUAUUAUCGGUUCAUAAGAGUUAAUAACAUUGUCAGAUCUCCAAUUUUUCCUGAAAGCAGCUUCAUUUCAGCCUCACUAGAAAAACAGAGGGACCGGACUGGAGCUCCCCGAAGGAAACACUGUGCUGUUCCCAGCUGUUGUUCCGACGGGUAUUCCUGUUGUUAGAUUGUACAUGAACUGCUGGGCAGUUUGGGGAUGGGGGACUCUUCUCUGUGACCCAGAAGUUGCUGGCCACACAGGGGGCUGAUGGGAAAGUUUUAUCUGUGGCAACGGCCACCUGCUCUACUGAGAUGUCCCCAGAGGGAGUGAAAUGUGGAUAACAUCGUGAUUCACGAGAAUUCUACAUUUUCACCAGGAUAUCCUCACACUGAGCCACAAAGAAACCUGUUCUGGUUUACACAGAAACAGAUUCUCACACUCCAGAUCAGCCUUUGCAAUGCUGAUGCCAGGCCCACUGUGGGUGUGCCUACUUCUGCUGUGGGUGGGUACCUGCAGCGCCCACAGCCAGUUUACCUGUGAGCCAAUCAAAGUGCACCGGUGCUUGGGGAUGCCCUACAACAUGACCUUCUUUCCCAACAUGAUGGAGCACUAUGAUCAGGACAUUGCAGCAAGUAAUAUGGAGCCAUUCAUGCCCCUGGCAAACCUGCGCUGUUCUCCAGCCGUCCACCACUUCUUGUGCCAAGCCUUUAUUCCAGAAUGCACUGAGGAGAAUAUGGUUAUCCGCCCGUGCCGAGAGAAGUGUGAGGCUGUCCUGACCGACUGCAAGGAGAAUAUCCAAAUCUUUGGUAUCACCUGGCCUCCCGAGCUACAGUGCGAGAAAUUGGACCCAUGUAGCUCCCCGGAUGGUUCUGUGCUUCCUGCAACCACACCAAUCUUCUCCUCAUCAGUUAAGAGGGACCUGGGCUUCUGGUGCCCUCUGCAGCUAAAGACCAAGCCGGGCCAUGGAUCGUCAUUCCUGGGUGCCGAGGACUGUGCUCCACCUUGCUCUAACAUGUACUUCAAGCCCCAUGACAUUGAAUUUGCCAAGAGCUUCAUCGGCGUGUGCUCCAUCAUCUGCUUGGGAGCCACCCUUUUCACUUUCCUCACUUUCCUCAUUGACGUCAAACGUUUCCGCUACCCCGAGCGCCCCAUAAUCUUCUACGCAGUCUGCUACAGCUUUGUCUCACUCAUAUACUUCAUUGGUUUCCUUCUGGGAAACAAUGCAGCCUGCACCAAAGCCUCCCAUCCUACAGGUGUGACCACAGUGGUGCUUGGCUCACAGAGCAAAGGCUGUACUGUGCUUUUUAUGCUCCUCUACUUCUUCUCCAUUGCUGGUAUUGUCUGGUGGGUCAUACUCACUAUCACCUGGUUCCUGGCAGCUGGACCCAAGUGGAGCUGUGAGGCCAUAGAGAAAAAAGCGGUGUGGUUUCACUCUGCGGCCUGGGGAAUCCCCGGGGCACUAACUGUCAUGCUGCUCGCUCUGAACAAGGUUGAAGGGGACAACAUCAGCGGUGUUUGCUUUGUGGGACUCUAUGACCUGGAUGCCUUGCGCUACUUUGUUCUGGCUCCUCUGUGUGUGGGUGUCAUAGUUGGCCUCUUCCUCCUCCUGGCAGGCAUCGUUUCUCUCAACCACGUCCGGCAGGUCAUUCAACACGAUGAGCGCAACCAGGAGAAGCUGAAGAAGUUCAUGAUCCGCAUCGGAGUGUUCAGCUGCCUUUACCUGCUUCCGCUGGUCACCCUGUUAGCCUGCUAUACCUACGAACAAAGUCAUCGCACCACCUGGGAGAACACCUGGAUCAAUGACCGCUGUCAGGAGUACAGCAUCCCCUGUUCCUACAAGACAACAGAGCACGGCCGUCCUGACCUCUCUUUGUUUUUGGUGAAAUACCUGAUGACGCUGAUAGUUGGAAUAUCUGCAGUGUUCUGGGUCAGCAGCAAAAAGACAUGCUCCGAGUGGGCCUACUUCUUCAACAGGACCCGCAAAAGAGAUCCCAUCAGUGAGAGCCGCCGGGUGCUCCAGGAGUCCUGUGAGUUCUUCCUCAAGCACAACAGCCAUGUCCAGCACAAGAAGAAGCACCACAAGCCCAGCUCCCACAAACUCAAGGUCAUCUCCAAGUCCAUGGGCACGAGCACAGGCGCUGUAAUGACCAAUGCCUCCACUGCUCCCACCACUACUAAUCAAGGCACCUCUGCACUGGGCAAUCAUGAACCCCACAUGCAAGGUUCUCUGUCUGAGGUCUCUGCCAGGGAACACCUGGACAGGGGCCGUGCCAGUCAAAGCUCCAGGAGGGGGGAGCAGGACAGAGAGAGGGAGGGGGGUGAGAGGCGCAGCAGAGGUGGUAGCUCCAAUAAGAUCAGCAGCUGCUCAGAGAGCACACACAGAGUCCCAGAUGGAAGGAUGAGUCCGAGGAACGAGCUGUCAGAGGCCAAGCAGCUGCCCAGUGGAGAGCAACAUCCAGCUUUAAACCUAUCACACAGCAGCAGCAUCCAAGACUCCACCCACCAGCUGGUGCACCAGGUGCCUGAGGAGAGCAAGGACACAAAGGGCAGCGACUGCUAAGAUAUCUGCCCCUAAAGUUUGUGUCUGUCCAACCAUCCAUCCAGCCAUGCUUGAUACCACUGAGAAAACAGUCACAGUUGAUGCUGACUGACAUACCCAUUUGUUUGUCUUAUCAUACAGUGAACAAAAUUAUAAAUGCAACACUUUUGUGUU